AUGACCAACUCUCCCGUUACUCCCACUCCUUCUCUUUUAUUCAAAUUCUAUGAGAAGCGUGACGAAAAGCGACAGCAGCCAGGCGCCACAUCGAGGUUUGAAAUCGAAGCUCCGGACCUUGCAGGGAGCUUCGUCAAUGUCGACGAAGAAGCCAUCAGAGUCAAUCACUUCUCAAUUGGUCUAGAUAUAGGCUUAACGGGCUCAGUCCAAAAGUCAACAGCUGACGUCCAGUUCAUCGGGAAACUAAAGCUAUUCCUUAAUGAGUAUGAAGCCCUCGAACUAGAUAUCAAGUCAGCUUAUUCGGGUGACUUUUCGCGCAGCAUGAAGCUCUACAAGCUAGCCUUGGAGGCCCUUGGCGCGUUGCGAGAGCACAUGCGGGAUAUCACGCGUGUGGAAGCAAUGAUAAUUCUUCGACAAUGCACAUCAGCAUUGUCGUUCCUCCAUAGCCAGGAACCUGCUAUCAUCCACAGGGAUAUUAAACCACAUAAUAUCCUUGUUCAACAGAGAGAUAAAGGAGGAGCAAAUAGCUAUAUCGUGGUCAAGCUGUGUGAUUUCGGCCUCGCUCGCGAGAUUCCACAAGGGCAAAUCGACUCGCAGCCAGGCACGCCGCGAUAUGCACCACGAGAGUACUACCCGGUGGGUGGCUAUCAACCGCCACUUGGCGUGAAGAUAGAUAUAUGGUGCCUAGGGCUCGGCAUGACAAAUAUCGCCAAGGAACCCAUCGCCGCGCUUCUCACAGACGCGAUCAAGGGCACGCUCAAGAGAGGACUAAACUACUCCAAUGACGAACUUUUUAAGAGUAUUGAGGCAAGAAUCAGGACUCUGGGUCUCAAGGGCGAGGUCAGACAAUGCCUCCAGAUGUGGUUAGAUACCACAAGGAAAAAUAAAGACUUCUCCGAUAUUGCGACGCCUUUCGUUUCGCUUCUUCCGGGACUCCAACUUAUAUCAUCUCACUGCCAGGAUGUGCAUGUUGGCUUGAAGUCCAAUGGAUGA